CCGGAUACCAUAACCGUUAUUUUCAGACUGACUUUACACCGGCAGGAAAAGGACGAAGCAGAAGAUGUGGGUAAACAGAGCUAAGGCAAGGUUCGGUGUUUAAGAUGCCCAGCGGCUUUUGUAUAUUCAUGUCAGUAAGUUAAUUAUCAGCUAGCAUUAUAAACAUAGCUAAACACCAGGAAGUGGUUCGGAUUCAAAGCCUAAACUCCAAUUACUGCACCGUUACUAACUAUAUCUGCGCAUCCGACGGGCCGGUUGUUAACUUCAGCUGACGACAACAGGUUCAGGAGGAGCUGCCCAACUUAUCUCAUCUGACACACCAUCAUAACAUCUACUGAACCACUGACUCGCCAGCAUGGCUAACACAGACACUGCCAGUGUCCGGGUCUUCUCUCUGAACUGCUGGGGAAUCCGCUACCUUAGCAAACACUGUCCACAGCGGUAUGCCAUGAUUGGAGAUUUGCUGAGCAAGGAAGAACAUGAUAUCGUCUUACUACAAGAGGUGUGGAGUGAAAAAGACUUUCUCAACUUGAAAAAGAAACUUGCCUGUAGUCAUCCUCAUUGUCAUUACUUUAAAAGUGGCGUCAUCGGCAGUGGACUGGCUAUUUUCUGCAAACACAGAAUCCAUGAUACAUUUCUUUAUCGCUACUCACUCAACGGUUACCCUUACAUGGCUCACCAUGGAGACUGGUUUGGAGGCAAAGCUGUUGGGAUGGCAGUCAUAAAGAUUGGCAGCAUGACUGCAAAUGUCUAUGUCACUCAUCUGCAUGCUGAGUACUGCAGAGAGAAGGACUCAUAUCUACCUCAUCGAGUGGUUCAGGCCUGGGAGCUGCAGCAGUUCAUUCGCCACACCUCUGCUGGAGCAGAUGUAGUGAUUGUAGGUGGUGACCUCAACAUGCACCCUCAGGACCUGGGUAACAGACUACUGAGGGCUUACACUGGACUCCGAGACUCUUAUUUAGAGACUGCUAACUUUGAUGGAUGUGAGGAUGGUAUGACUCUUAUAGCAGACAACCCUUUCAUCAGCAAAAAGGAGCUUGUUCCCUUCGAGAAGGGAAUUCGAAUCGACUACAUCCUGUUCAAGGGCUCUUCUAAAACGGACAUGCAUUGUGAUUCCAUGUCCACCACCAAAGGGUCCAUCCCUGACCACCCCUUCCCGUACUCGGACCAUGAAGCUCUGACUGCUGAACUUCGAAUGGAGCCACACACUCCAACUGAGCCUGGACAUGACAAGAAAUCGAUGGAUCAGGACUCUGGGAAGGUUGCAGAGCUGGUGGACAUCCUGACUGAGGCCCGUACGGAGGUUAAAGUGGGUUUGCACUGCGCAGAGAGGAUGCGCUACACAGCAACUCGCACCGGCAUCAUGGGGCUGGCUCUGCUGUUCCUGGAGCUGGCCAUUGCAGCGGUGCCCUGGUUGGCUCUGGGAGCAGAGCAGCCUUUCCCCCGUACCUCCUUCUACCUGCUGGCUGCUCUCUGCUGUGCUAUCUUACUGACCACUUUUCUGCUCUACAUCUUCUACACCAUGGAGCUGAAAUCCCUUCAAGGAGCUGAAGACCAGAUGAGGCUGGCUGUAGGGAGUCUCCAGGAGAAGCUCAGGGGAUUCCCUCUGCCUCAGCCCUACAGCACCCACCGUAAACCCCCUGAAGGUCAGGAGCCCAGUGCCUUUGACCCAGAAGAAUAAAGCAGCAGCCAACUGGGUCGAAGCGAGCUCAAUGAAACAAGCCUGUGAAAUUAGCUUUAAAGGGCAAUUUGUAAGAUUAACAUUCAGGAAUUAACUGCAGCUAUCAACAGAGGGGGUGAGGUUGGGGGUGGGGGGCAGCAUUUUACCACAAAGUUGCAUUGUUGAUAUUUAACAACUAAACCUCAGAGCUGCUGACUGCAGUCUUAUUAAAUACAUGUAAGGAGUCACCCUGUAGUUUACAUUAGAGUCAAAUUUUAGCAAGAAAUUGGCUACAACAAACUGAACACCAACACCUUUUGGGAUGGUUUUCAGUAUGGUUUGUGUUGUUUGCUGCUCUAAUGACCAAUAUCUAAUGACUCUAAUUAAUUAUUACAACAGUUCAAAACUAGGGCAUUUUUAAUGGUAGACAACUUGUCUGAAAAGCUUGUCAACAAGCAACUCACAAACAUUUACACAGCCGGUAAUGGUUUGCAAUUAGUUACCGUUAUAAUCCAUUGCUCCAUUACCACCUUACUAGUAUAGAAUACAUUUUUGAGUUCAUCUGACUUCAUUCCUUUAUGGUGUCUGUCGAUGUUUUGGAGGCCCCUACUCUUAUUGUUUUAGACACGCAUGUUCCUAUUGUUGAGAUGGAAGUAGGUAUUUUAACUGUAUGAACACUUUCAUUUUUAAUCAAGUAAAUUUAUAAAUGUAUGGUUAUUGGUACAAAAACUUAAUAACCAGCUAAACUCUAUUGUCAUCAAAACAUUCUCUAUUUUAACAGUUUCACACACUCUAACCAGCAUCUGAACAGUCUCUCCACAGCUUCAACAUACCUCUUAUAAAGCUGGUCAAAGGUGUUCUUGUCUAGUUGGAUGUAUCUGGUGAUCCAGUUCAUCCUAGAGCAGUUCAGUAGGAUUCAUGUCAGGUGACCAGGCAGUCCAUUCCAUGAUAGACAACACUCCAGAUGACGGUUUUCUCCAUAAAUAGCCCUUACAGAGCAUGGAGAUAUGUUUCAGGUCAUUGUCCUGUGAAGUAUGGAAGGGAAGCCAUGUUUUGUACUGACCUGUAUCAAUACUGAACCAUCAAACUAUUUGUCAUUGUUUUACAUGCAUCAGUGAAUCAGACAUGGUCAUUAACCUACAUUUAUAUAUCGAGUUCACGUAUUCUACACACUUAUUGGAAGAAAAUUUGUGGAAUAGAACACAUAGCUACAUAUAUUUCAUCCAGAUGCGUUUUAUAUAGACAAUAGGAACAUGUACGUGUCUCUCAAAAACAAUAAAACCAGGUGUUUCCAAACUUUUGGCAGGUAUUGAACCUGCUGAGAGUCGUCUCUGUGAGGACAGCAGCACCAGUCUUAAUUCAUAUUUAUUUUCCUUCACUUUUUGUCAAGUUUUUUUUUUUUGCUGUUGAACAUGUUUUUUCCGUUCUGUUGGUCGGGUAGUUAUGAUAACAAUGGCUGGAUUUAUUGUUUACUGUUCCUCUCAGAAACUUUGUGUCCUUUCAUGUGAUGUGAUAUAACAUACUGUAUCUCUGCAACACAAUGCAUUGACAUAAUAUCAAACCGUUUUCUUGACACUCUGUUGAUAAUUUAAGUUAAUUUUUAAAUUGUUGGAGCUGUAAGUAUUACAAAUUGCCCCUUUUAAGACGUAUGUUUGAAGGAGUUAUCCCUCCUCUGAAUGUGUUUUAUGCUUUUGAGAUUAUAUUUGUACUGCAUGAAGGAGCUGAUUGAGAGUUAUUUAAGGACGUUUUCUGAAAGUAGUGCAGGACACAUGCUAUGACAUUUUUGUACUUUUUAUAUGCUAAUCUCGAGCCUUUUUUUUUACCCCCACAUUUCUCUCUAUGCACCUCAACAGUUACUUCCCAUUUCACUGUAAGACAGGCCUGUGCUUCUGCGGUACUUAAAGGUCAUAAACGUGACUCUGCGUGUUGUUUCCUACUUGCAUUCCUCCCACAAACCAUUUCACCGGGGCCACUUAUUUCUGUUUCUGACUUCUUGCUUCCCGUUUACAGUUUGGAUUCUGCUGUUAGUCAUAAUUGGUCCCGAAUGUUUUGCUGGUUUGUUUAAUGUACUUACAGUAAAUAUGCACUUAAGAUGUCUCUGUGUUUGUACAGAGGACACACACUCAAGGAAGCUUUACAUUUGGGUCAGUAAUAUUUGCUCUGCAGGACAGACCACUGAAAGCUUCUAGAGCUUUUCAGUACAGUCUAGGGAAAGAAACACUCCAUCUUGCAUGUCUUUAUUCUCAUAUUCACUGUUUGGACUGAAAUGUGCUUCAUGUUAGACAAUCCACACUCCUGUCUCUCUUAAUCCUAAAUAUAGCAGUAGCAAUGCACUUGAAAUUCUCCAGCGCAUAUUCUGUGGUUAAUAUGAAUCAUGCUUAAUAUAUCUGUAGUGUGCAGUGAAUGUAGUUUACUAACCAGAUAAGCCACUUCCUCUUGGGAAACUGCUUAAUGCCAUAUAUUCACAGCUAUCACUGUAUAACAGUGUAAUGGCUCAACAAGAUCUUACUACCAGUCAUCAAGUUUUAAGUUGUGUUGUCACCUCAGUAAUGGAGAAGAACUCAGCAGUUUUUAAUUUUAUUAAGAUUUAUAAAGUGAAGAUGAUAUCUGCUGUUCAUUCCAAUGACAAAUUGAGAUGAGCAUGAUCAUGGCAGCAAUAAUAAAAAGUCAAUACUUACAAUUUA